GCAGUAUUUGAGCAAAACUGUGUUUUAAUGAUGGUGUAGUAGCAAACCGCGAGCUCGAGACCAAAGGGAGCGGAGCUGGGAAGAGCAGUAACCGGAGAAGCCAAUGGCUGACGAGGUGGUCUCGGCCACGGAGUCGCUAACCGCGCCGCUGCUCGAGCCGGCGGCGAGCCCUCGCGACCCGUCGGUGGAGGUGCGGCUCUUCCGGCGAGGCGCCGGCCCGGUGGCCGUCUUCCGGUCGCCCCUGGUGGGCCCCCGCCGCGACCGCCUCCAGGUCCGGGCCAUCCAGGCGGAGCACGGCCUCCGGGCGCUCUUCGCCUUCAAGCCCGAGGCGCCCCUCCGCGGCCUCCGGAUCCGGCCAGACCCGGCCACCGGCGGCUGCUCCGCCGUGCCCUUCCGCGACGGCGCCGUCAUCGCCCUCGACGGCGAGCCCAAGGUGUCCUGGACGAAGCCGACGUCGGUGAUCGUCGCCGGACUGCUCGUGCCGGCGGCGAUGGUGGCGGUAGCGUUGAAGGGGGUGCCGGAGCCGCUGCUGUCGUCGAGGGUGGUCAAUGCCGUCUUCGCGCCGUGGAUCCUCGCCAGCGCGGUCAUCAUCUUCGCUCGCGUCAGGACGCGACCAAGGGCGGCACCAUGA